GCGAGCCACGCGCAAGGUGACGUGCAGCUGUAGUCGAUAGCGGGCCCUGACUUCCCCGUUGCAGCGGACCCUGACCGCCCGUAGCCUCCCACACACCACCAUGGCCCAUCUGCAGCGCCGCCAGAGCGCAAAGGGCGAGCACAUCCCCGUCGCGGGCGCCUGGCCUGUCGACCCGCAGGAGGACGUCGCCGUGUCGCCGCAGCGCAUCUGGGUCGACGGCUGCUUCGACUUUGCCCACCACGGCCACGCCGGCGCCAUGCUGCAGGCCCGCCAGCUGGGCUCCGAGCUGCUCGUCGGCGUGCACUCGGACGAGGCCAUCCUCGCCAACAAGGGCCCGACCGUCAUGCGCCUGCCCGAGCGCAUCAUGGCCGUCGAGGCCUGUCGCUGGGCCACCAAGGCCAUCCCGCACGCGCCCUACGUCACCUCGCUGCCGUGGAUCUCGCACUACGGCUGCCAGUUCGUCGUGCACGGCGACGACAUCACGUCCGACAGCGACGGCCGCGACUGCUACCGCUACGUCAAGGCCGCCCAGCGCUUCAAGGUCGUCAAGCGCACCCCGGGCAUCUCCACCACCGACCUCGUCGGCCGCAUGCUGCUGUGCACCCGCUCGCACUUCAUCCAGUCGCUGGAGAAGCGCCUCGCCGGCGACGAGGGCCCGGGCGGCGAGCUGGAGCGCCAGAAGGAGGGCGCCGCCAUGCUGCAGCGCAUCACCGACUACGCCACCGACGAGACCGGCAAGGCCCCCGGCUGCGACGUGUGGUACUGGACCGCCUCGCGCCCCGCGAAGCUGCGCCGCACCACCACCACCAGCACCCCCGACCCGCGCCCGGCCCCCGCCCGCGCCCAGACCGGCGGCUCCGUCGCCGUCAAGGAGGAGAAGGGCAAGUUCACCCAGCUCGUGCAGGGCAAGGGCGUGCGCCCGGGCCAGACCGUCGUGUACGUCGACGGCGGCUGGGACCUGUUCUCAUCGGGCCACAUCGAGUUCCUGCGCCAGGUCACCGAGGCCGAGGAGGCCGCCGCGCGCGCCCGCGGCUGGUACAGCGAGGAGGCCGUCGCCGCACGCGUGGCCACCGGCCAAGACUACGGCCCCGUGUUCCUGGUCGCCGGCAUCCACGACGACGAGGUCAUCAACCACUGGAAGGGCAUCAACUACCCGAUUAUGAACAUCUUCGAGCGCGGCCUGUGCGUGCUGCAGUGCAAGUACAUCCACGCCACCGUCUUCGGCGCCCCCUUCUCCCUCUCCAAAGCCUUCCUGCAGACCCUCCCCUACGGCACCCCCGCCGCCGUCUACCACGGCACCACCCAGUUCAUGCCGCUGACCUACGACCCCUACGCCGCCGCCCGCGCCCUGCGCAUCUACCGCGAGGUCGCGAACCACGUGUUCCAGGACGUCAAUGCCGCUGAGAUUGUCGCGCGGAUCAUGAAGAGCCGCGAGGCGUACGAGGAGCGCCAGCGCCGCAAGGGCGAGAAGGGCGAGGGCGAGGAGGCCGAGAGGGGGAGGCAGGAGCGCGAGAGGGAGAUGCGGCGGAGGGAGGUGGAGGGGCAGUUUGGUCUUUAGGUGGACUGGAGCGGGGACGGGGUGACUGGAAGGGGGGACGGGGUGAACUACAAGGAGGUGAACUGGAACGCGGAACAAGGGUGAACUACAACGGGGAAUAAGUGGUGACCUGCUGAACGGCAACACUGGGGGCGGGGGCUACAUAGUGGGGCGGCGGUUAAACUAUCUCCGUGCUAGCGCGGCGCGUCGCGAACUUUGCGCCGUCCGUGGCCCACGUCACAUCACAGUCCAUA